AUGGAGAUGUCGUGUCCUCGCGGAAUGGUCAAGGCAGCGCGGGUGCCACCAGCCGUGCCACCCCGACUCACGAUGGAUGUUACAACGCCUACGGACGAAGGAUGGAUACUGGAGGACAAGUCAGUGAUCGGUUGGGCAAGUGGAGCUUAUCAAGAGUGGGAUUUGAAAUGGACAUCGAAUCUAUGGUUAGCCGCCGCCGUUAUGCCGAUCACUCUUGGGACUCCAAUGAAGACAGUGAUGCUCCAAUGUCGAAGCGUGUUCGCUGUGAAGACGAGCUGGUCAUUACAAAAGAUGGGUAAGUCAUGCGUUUACUAUCGAAUUCGUGGGAAGCCGAGAUUGUUUAAAGGUAUUGGCUACAGAAAUAGCGUUGACGAGGAUUUCUUUUACGCAAGUCAGAUGCCAUCAGGUCAUUUGUGGACACUUUAG